CGCGGUCGCGUCCGUCUAUAAGGACGCUCCCCCCGCGCCGUUGCGCCUUGUCCACCCCAGCCCCACAGCAAUCCGGCGUUCCCCGACCGCACCGUCUCGCUGCGCUCGAGAGGCCGCCGCCCCCGCGCCCCCACCCGCGCCAGGAGUAAGUUUUUAACUUGACCAAUAUGUCGAGGGAGGAGAACGUUUACAUGGCCAAGCUGGCCGAGCAGGCCGAAAGGUAUGAGGAGAUGGUUGAGUAUAUGGAGAAGGUGGCCAAGACUGUAGAUGUCGAAGAGCUCACUGUUGAGGAGCGUAACCUCCUGUCAGUUGCAUACAAGAAUGUGAUUGGGGCUCGCCGUGCUUCAUGGCGCAUUGUCUCAUCCAUUGAACAGAAGGAGGAGUCCCGUAAGAAUGAGGAGCAUGUUACUCUGAUCAAGGAAUACCGUGGCAAGAUUGAAGCUGAGCUGAGCAAUAUCUGUGAUGGCAUCUUGAAGCUGCUUGACUCACACCUUGUUCCUUCUUCUACUGCUGCCGAGUCAAAGGUCUUCUACCUCAAGAUGAAGGGUGACUAUCACAGGUAUCUUGCUGAGUUUAAGACUGGCGCUGAGAGGAAGGAAUCUGCCGAGAGCACGAUGGUUGCUUACAAGGCUGCUCAGGAUAUUGCUCUGGCUGAACUGGCACCUACCCAUCCGAUAAGGCUUGGACUUGCUCUUAACUUCUCGGUGUUCUAUUACGAGAUUCUGAACUCCCCAGACAAAGCUUGCAACCUUGCAAAGCAGGCGUUUGAUGAGGCUAUCUCUGAGUUGGACACCCUUGGGGAGGAGUCAUACAAGGACAGCACUCUGAUCAUGCAGCUCCUGAGGGACAACUUGACCCUCUGGACCUCUGACCUCACGGAGGAUGGCGCUGAGGAGGGCAAAGAAGCCCUGAAAGGUGACGCCGGCGAGGGACAGUAACCCUUGAGGGCAUGUUCUUGAAGCCCAUUGUUUUAGAUGCCCCUGUGCUGGAUGAAGCUGUGCGCUGCGCCAUUAUUGUAGCUGCUUUCGACUCCGCUCGCUUCUUUCCUUAUAGUAGGCUGGUAGUGGUCGAAUUAGUUGUCAUUGCUUUGAAUUGCCGCUAGUUGGCACUAGGUCCUUGUGGACUGGUAUUGUUGUCCUGGAUUUGACAAGCAUGUGUGUUGUCCCUCUAGCGUUUUAUUGAGCAAUAUUGAAGUUGUCAUUUUCGUCUAGUUGUUGCAA